AGAAGAAGAAAGGGGAGGUUGCUAAUGGAGUGGGGUAGAUACUGCAGUGGAAACCUCAUCGUCAGGAGAGCUAUAAAACGGCUGGUCUUUGCCACAGUCGACGCAGAGCCGCUACCAGAAGGGAAACGGGUUUCACCGACAUUCUGAAAGGGUACUCAAGCCAGAACCACCACGAUGCUGAAGACUAUCGUAAUUUUGUCCGUUGUGGCCAUUCUCGCUAAAGCCAGCCCGGCACCGGUUGGCCUAUUCGAGAACGAGAUAACGAAAGCUCUCCAAAAAGCCCUGAAACCUCUAGACCCCGUCGUGGUGCCAGCAAUCACUGAUCUCCACAUCACGACCGACCACAGCAGCAUUCUCUUCUCGGCCACCGACGUGAAUUUCUCUGGUCUCUCCAGCAUCGCUUGUACAAAGUUCACUCCACCAAUUAUAACUAAACGGACCGCGAUGGCUCUGAAAUUCGGGGACCUCGUCGGGAAGACCUCCAGCUACACCAUGAAGGGCGAGUUCGAGGCGGCGCCCUACGAUGCCUCCGGCGUAGGAGAAUUAUCCAUCAGUGGACUGCGCUUCUCCGUAGACUUCAAGACAGCCAGUUACUCAAUCUCUCCCGUGUCUGUCUGCAUCCAGCCUGGGUCUCUCUCAGGAAAGAUCUCUGCCGAUAAAAUUUUGGCCAACUUCGAAGGCGCUGACGAGAUCAACAAGGACAUCAACGAAAACGCCGACGCCCUUCUGGAACAGAUCGAAGCCCAGAUCAACGCCCUGGCGCCCACGAUCGAAGCUACCAUCAACGCCGUUUUGUGCAAGAAAGCUUAGUUUAGAGAGGGUGAUGAGGUGACCCUAAGCUUUCUAUCUAUAAGUUCGUUUAGUUAAUGUUCUCCCCCCC